AUGGAAAGGGUGUUGUCAGUGGAUGAAAUAUCGGAGCAAUUUUGGGUGGCAGCGAGGAAGGAAUCAUGCAAGUCAGAGUCAAAGAUGAAUCGCAGUGAAUCGGAGUGGGCUUUUCAGCAGUUUCUGCAGGAAGCAGCUUCUCCUACUUCAUCUUCUUCUUCUGAUGUUAAACCUAAAAAGGAUCCCAACAUCCCUGCAACUCUAAAUGUUGAUUCCCAGGAUUACCAAGCUAUUCUUAAGACCAAGCUUAACCUCGCCUGUGCUGCUGUCGCUUUGACUCGGGGAUCUCUGUUAAAAUCUCAAAAUCCGGUCACUUUCCCUGACAGUGGAUCCCAGACAUCUAAUCUUUCUGAAGUCGAAUCGCAGGCUACCUUAACAGGCUCUGGUCCUUUGGGAAAUGAUCCCUCUCAAUUACAAAAUAAAGAUGUCAAAGCACCAUUCGGGAUACCUUCCUCACCCUCCCUGCAAAAGAAACCUGCUGUUGCAAUAAGGCCAACAAUAAGUGGAUCAUCAAGAGAACAAUCGGAUGAUGAGGAAGCGGAGGAAGAGAUUAAUAUGACUGACAACAAGAACCCUACUGAUGCAAAACGAGUAAGGAGGAUGCUUUCUAAUAGGGAGUCUGCCAGACGUUCAAGAAGAAGAAAGCAGGCUCAUUUAAGCGAGCUAGAGACACAGGUCUCCCAAUUAAGAGGCGAAAAUUCUUCUUUGUUAAAGCGCUUAACGGAUGUGAGCCAGAAAUACAAUAAUGCUGCAGUUGACAACAGAGUUUUGCAAGCUGAUGUUGAAACAUUGAGAGCUAAGGUGAAGAUGGCUGAAGAGACAGUGAAAAGGAUUACUGGGUUGAACCCAAUGUUUCAUGUCAUGACUGAGAUGUCAUUAAUGGAAAUACCAUUUUUUGAUGAAAGUCCUUCUGAGACAUCAGCUGAUGCUGCUGUUCCUGUGCAAGAAGACCCAAAUCAUCAUCUUUGUCAAGCCACUUCCAACAUUGGGUUGGGAGGCAUUUCUUCAAUUAAAACUGUGCAACAUAACGUUGCAGCAGUGGUAAGGGGGAACAAAACUGGGGGAGCAACUUCCCUGCAUAGAGUAGCUAGCUUGGAACAUCUUCAGAAGCGGAUUCGUGGUGGUGCAGAUUCACGUGGACCUCCGUCUAGUGGAGAGCAAUAA